AUGUACAGCACCCAAAAACAAGAGCUCCCACAGCAACAUGUCUGUAAGGAGGAGGAGGUUCUCUCUGACCAGCAGCUCAACAUGCCAGUUAUAACCUCCGUGGUAUCAGAAGCAAACAGUGACCACCAGCUCCUCUCUCACAACUCUCAUGAAGCUGAGAGCCAAGAUCAGAAAGGAGACAAGCAUGGAGACUCAGGAUCAACUAGAAAUGCAGAGCCAGAACCAAAGAAGAGACAACGCAAGAGCAGAAGUCACAGCAACAAUGUAGACAACACUAACAUGUCAGAGAUUCACCCUAAUACUCAAACAGGUAAAAAGUCUUUAAUAAGUGACACACGUGGGAAAGACGUUAAGUGUAAUUCAGCAUUGCAGAGACACCUGAUAGUUUACACAGGUGAGAAACCAUAUUCUUGCAAAACAUGUGGAAAAGAUUUCAGACGUAAACAUCACCUGGAAAUCCACAUGAGAAUCCACACAGAAGAGAAGCCGUACAUUUGCAAGACCUGUGGGAAAAGAUUCUGUGAGGCUUCAUCUUUAAAAAACCACAUGAGAACUCACACAGGUGAGAAGCCAUAUUCUUGCAAAACAUGUGGAAAAGUGUUUAGACGUAGUAGUAACUUGUUGCUCCACAUGAGAACUCACACAGGUGAGAAGCCUUAUUCUUGCAAAUCAUGUGGAAAAGAUUUCAGAUGUAAACAUCACCUGGAAAUCCACAUGAGAACACACACAGGUGUGAAGCCGUAUAUUUGCAAGACCUGUGGGAAAAGAUUCUGUGAGGCUUCAUCUUUAAAAAACCACAUGAGAACUCACACAGGUGAGAAGCCAUAUUCUUGCAAAACAUGUGGAAAAGUGUUUAGACGUAGUAGUGGCUUGUUGCUCCACAUGAGAACUCACACAGGUGAGAAGCCUUAUUCUUGCAAAUCAUGUGGAAAAGAUUUCAGAUGUAAACAUCACCUGGAAAUCCACAUGAGAACACACACAGGUGUGAAGCCGUAUAUUUGCAAGACCUGUGGGAAAAGAUUCUGUGAGGCUUCAUCUUUAAAAAAACACAUGAGAACUCACACAGGUGAGAAACCAUAUUCUUGCAAAACAUGUGGGAAAAGUUUUGGGCAUAGUAGUGGCUUGUUGGUCCACAUGAGAACACACACAGGUGAGAAGCCGUACAUUUGCAAGACCUGCGGUAAAAGAGUCUUUGACACUUCAGCAUUAAUAAGUCAUAUGAGAACACACACAGGUGAGAGGCCAUAUUCCUGCAAAACAUGUGGAAAAAAUUUCCAACGUAAAGAUCACCUGGAAAAUCACAUGAUAACUCACACAGGUGAGAAGUCAUAUCCUUGCAAAAUGUGUGGAAAAAAGUUUGGGCGUAGUAGUAGCUUGUUGUCCCACAUGAAAAGAGCCCACAUAGAUGAGAAGCCGUACGUUUGCAAGACCUGCAAGAAAAGAUUCUGUGUCUCUUCAAACUUAUUAAAGCAUAUGAGAACUCACACAGGUGAGAAGCCAUAUGUUUGCAAAACAUGUGGAAAAGAGUUUGGGCAAAAUGGUAACUUGUUGGUGCACAUGAGAACUCACACAGGUGAGAAGCCAUAUUCUUGUAAAACGUGGAAAAGCGUUUGGAUCUAG